CUUGAAGCCAGCUAUCUACUUGCCUAGUUCUUAACUAAAUCUUCCCUUCUUCGAGUUGACCAAGACUGCGCUGUUUUACUUUUGCAUAUAUUACAUUUUUUCCUCUUUUCCUUUGAUUGGAAAUACAUGAGUGGACAACUCUUUUCCUCUUUUUCAGCUGCCAAUCAAGAACAACAAACACGUAAAGAACACACUGAAAUUGUGGAUGGGUUUCUUAUUUUUCUUGAGGUUCUGUUGUUAUUUAUUGUUCUUAUGAUCCCGUUAAUGAGUUAAAAAAGUGUACAAGAGCUGUUCGGCUUUUUCCCUCAAAGAAAUUGGAGUUCUGGGCAGCGCUUGGUUUCUUGAUUUUUUGAAGCUAUGAUCAAUCUUGGAGAAAGGUGAAGAUUUCUUGGUUGCCCAUUGGCAUAUUGUGUAGAGAAUAUAGCCGGAUGGGCAGAACAAAGAAGAAAUUGUUGGACUUCAAUGAGGCAGUUCGGUCGUUGAAGAAGUUGUUGGAGGAGCACCCUCUACUUCCAUUUGUAAUUCCUCUGCUGUUUGUUCUUUGGGCCAUUGAGAGAUGGUUUUUCUCUCUAUCCAAUUGGGUUCUUCUUGCUGUCGCUGUGUGGGCUACAAUUCAGUACGGGAGUUAUCAGAGGCGACAUAUAGUGGAAGAUUUCAAUAAGAAAUUGAUGCAAGUGACACUACAGUCUUCGCCGGUAACACCUCUAGAGCACUGUGAAUGGCUGAACAAGCUAUUACUUGAAGUUUGGUCGAAUUAUGUCAACCCAAAGCUUUCAUUGCGUUUUGCAUUCAUUGUUGAGAGGCGCUUAAAGCAUCUAAAGUCGAAGUUGAUUGAAAAAAUUGAGUUACAAGAAUUUUCUCUUGGUUCACGUCCUCCUUUAUUUGGGCUACAUGGAACCCAUUGGGCAACUUCAGGUGAUCAGCGAGUCAUGCGCUGCAGUUUUCACUGGGACACGGAUGAUGUAAACAUUUUGUUGUUUGCUAAGUUGGCUAUGCCAUUAAUGGGAACAGCUCGAAUCGUUGUAAACAGCAUCCACAUCAAGGGUCAUCUUCUUCUGAUGCCAAUAUUAGAAGGUAAAGCUAUGACUUACUCAUUUGUAUCAACUCCUGACGUAAGACUCGGUGUUGCUUUCGGAAGUGGUGGAAGCCAAUCUUUACCUGCAACAGAGCUACCAGGUGUUUCUUCAUGGCUGAUCAAACUGGCCACUGAUACACUGAAUAAGAGGUUGGUUGAACCUCGACGUCAGUGUCUUGCUUUGCCAGCUGAAGACUUGCAGAAGAAAGCUGUAGGCGGUAUAUUAUAUGUCACUGUGCUAUCCGCUAGUAAACUUUCUGGUAGCAACUUGAAAGGCUGUGCUUCCACAAAGCACAUUAAUUCUUCAGAAGAUACUUAUACAGAUGAUCCUGUCAACAGCAAAGAGCUUCAGACAUUUUUAGAGAUCGAACUUGGGGAAUUAACGAGGAGAACAGAUGUAAGAGCAGGAUCUAGCCCUAAGUGGGACACAACAUUCAACCUGAUCCUACAUGACAAUGCAGGAAUUCUCAGAUUCCAUCUCUACGAACGCACUCUUGGAAAUGUAAAAUAUGACUUUCUUACAAGCUGCGAAAUUAAGAUGAGAUAUGUCCCUGAUGACUCAACCAUAUUUUGGGCCAUUGGGCCAAAUUCAACCGUGAUUGCCAAGCACGCCGAGCUUUGUGGAAAAGAAGUUGAAAUGACAGUUCCGUUUGAGGGCGUUAAUUUAGGAGAGUUGACUGUGAGGCUUGUACUCAAAGAGUGGCAGUUUUCUGAUGGUUCACAUAGCUCGACCAAUGUUAGUGCAAGCUCUCGUCAUUCACUGAGUGGGGGAUCUAAUUUUCUUCCCAGAACUGGAAGGAGAAUCUGCAUAACUGUGGUUGAGGGCAAGGACCUUGUUGUGAAGGACAAAAUUGGGAAAUCUGACCCUUAUGUUAAACUACAGUAUGGGAAGGUUAUGCAAAGAACAAAAGCUGUCCCACAUUCUCCCAAUCCAACAUGGAAUCAGAAGUUCGAAUUUGAUGAAAUAGGAGGUGGGGAGUAUUUGAAGGUAAAAUGCUAUACUGAAGAAACAUUUAGCGAUGAGAGCAUUGGUAGUGCUCGGGUGAACUUGGAAGGUCUUCUAGAAGGUUCCAUAAGAGAUGUAUAUAUUCCCCUUGAAAAAGUUAAUUCUGGAGAGUUGCGGCUUCAGAUAGAAGCACUGAAAGUUGAAGAUAACGAAUCUUCGAAGGGUUCACAUGGAUCUUUCGCCAAUGCUUGGAUUGAACUAGUUCUAAUUGAAGCAAGAGAUCUUGUGGCUGCUGAUCUCCGUGGAACGAGUGAUCCCUACGUGAGGGUACACUAUGGAAACAUGAAGAAAAGUACUAAGGUUAUGUACAAAACACUGAAUCCACAAUGGCAUCAGACCUUAGAAUUUCCUGACGAUGGUAGUCCCCUCACGUUGCACGUAAAAGAUCACAACACUCUGCUACCCACAUCCAACAUAGGGGACUGUGUGGUCGAGUAUCAGAUGUUGCCUCCCAAUCAGAUGGCUGACAAAUGGAUACCGUUGCAAGGAGUGAAACGGGGCGAAAUCCACAUUCAAAUUACAAGAAAAGUCCCGGAACUGGAGAAGAAGCCAAGUGUAGAUUAUGAAUCAUCCCCAACUACUGUUCGCCAUCAGAUUUCCAAUCAGAUGAAGGAAAUGAUGAUCAAGCUUCGGUCUCAGGUCGAUGAGAACGAUCUUGAAGGGGUUUCAAAGUCGCUGACUGAGCUUGAAAGCCUUCAUGAUACUCAAGAAGAGUUCAUGGUCCAACUUGAGACUGAACAAACUCUCCUAAUCGACAAAAUUAAUGAGCUUGGACAGGAAAUAUUUAACGCGUCGCCUACCUUGCACAGAACUGCUACCAUUCCUUGACUGGGGUCGGAUUUUUCCUCGCACAAAUUCGUGUGAUAGGUGAUAGAAAAAGCCUUCAAGUCUUUAGUUGUAUUGUGUAUAGUAUGUUUAAGAGAAUUGUGCAUAAAGCUUGCACCAUAUCUGGUUCUCUCCCUCUGGCAAUUUGCUAUAUCGCUGUACCUGUUUACUUCUUCUUUUUUUGGCCAAAAAUAAUAAAUGAAAUAGCAUAACAUAAAUGAAGAUUUUCA